AAGCUUUCAACCCGUCGGAGCCAUUCAUUCACUGUUCCUCCUCGCGCAACCUGAGCAUGGCUGCAGACUCCAUGGAGAUUGACGAUUCUCUUUACAGUCGUCAGCGUUAUGUGCUGGGAGACACCGCUAUGCAUCAGAUGGCUCAAUCCUCAGUCUUUCUCAGUGGAAUGGGAGGACUGGGCAUAGAAAUAGCAAAGAAUAUUGUUCUGGCUGGUGUGAAGUCAGUUACCCUGAAUGACACUAAGCAAUGCGAGACCUGGGAUCUGGGUUCUAACUUCUUUAUUCGCAAAGAUGAUGUGUUAAGCCAGAAGAAGAGGGUAGAGGCAGUUUGCUCUCGGGUCGCAGACUUGAAUCCCUAUGUCCAUGUGGACAUGUCUUCAUAUACUCUUGAUGACAACACUGAUCUGAGCUUUCUUAAAAACUAUCAGUGUGUGAUUCUGACUGAAGCCAGGCUAAGCUUACAAAAGAGAGUGAAUGAAUUCUGUCAUUUGCAACACCCCCCCAUUAGAUUUAUUGCCUGUGAUGCAUAUGGUAUCUGUGUGCGGGUGUUUUGUGACUUUGGGGAUGAGUUUGAGGUGUCAGAUCCUACAGGAGAAGAGCCUAAAGAGAUUUUUAUCCAAAGUAUCACUCAGGACAGUCCAGGUGUAGUAACCUGCAUGGAUAACCAGCCCCAUGGCCUGCAAAAUGGUCAAAGUGUUGUCUUCAGGGAUGUUCAUGGUAUGGUGGAACUGAACAGCACUGUGCAACAGGUUUCAGUGCUUUCCCCUCACAGUUUUGCAGUAGGAGACACAUCCCAUCUUCAACCGUAUGUACAUGGAGGUUUCUUUGCCCUGGUGAAAAUGCCUAAAACUUACAGAUUUGAGACACUGGAGAGACAGUUGUAUAAUCCUCAGGUCUUGAUCCCAGACUUCAGUAAACCAGAGGCUCCACUACAAAUCCAUGCAGCUAUGUUGGCUCUAGAUAUCUUCCAGGAGAAGUACAGCAGACUUCCAAAUAUUGGAUGUUUGCAGGAUGCUGAGGUUUUAUUGAAGCUUACAGAGGAAGUUAAUGCUACAAUCAAGAAUAAAGCUCCUGUGAAUGCUGAGUUGGUACGUUGCUUGUCCAGGACAGCGAGGGGCGCUCUCCCUCCUUUAGCUGCAGCUGUCGGAGGCCUAGUCAGCCAGGAAAUUCUGAAGGCCAUCACAGGGAAGUUUGCACCUCUACAGCAGUGGUUUUAUCUAGAUGUGAUUGAGGUAGUCAGGCCACUUCAGUCUCUUUCUACUGAGGAGUUUUUUCCCAGGGGUGACCGCUAUGAUGGGUUGCGAGCUUGCAUUGGUGAAUCAGAGUGUUUAGAACUGCACAAGCUCAGGGUAUUCAUGGUGGGCUGUGGUGCCAUAGGCUGUGAGAUGCUGAAAAAUUUUGCCCUGCUUGGGGUAGGAUUGGCGAAGAACUCAGGAGAGGUGUGCACCACAGACCCAGACCUCAUAGAAAAAUCCAAUCUCAACCGUCAGUUUCUUUUCAGACCACAUCACAUACAGAAACCCAAGAGCACCACAGCAGCAGAAGCCACUCAGGAGAUUAACCCAGACCUGCAGGUGGAGGCUCACUUCAACAAGGUGUGUCCGGCCACUGAAGGAAUCUACAAUGACUCCUUCUACUCUCGUAUGCACCUUGUGGUCACCGCGCUGGACAACGUGGAGGCCCGCAGAUAUGUUGACAGCCGCUGUGUAUCUAAUCAGAAAGCUCUCCUGGACUCGGGCACCAUGGGAACUAAAGGACACACAGAAAUCAUUUUGCCAAAUUUGACAGAAUCAUACAAUAGCCAUAGGGACCCCCCAGAAGAGGAAAUCCCUUUCUGUACCCUAAAGUCCUUCCCCUCCAUCAUAGAGCACACAAUCCAGUGGGCAAGAGACAAGUUUGAGAAUGCGUUUGUCCACAAGCCGUCAGUGUACAACUCCUUUUGGCAGUCCCACUCCUCAGCUGAAGUGGUGCUGCAGAGGAUGGAGGCAGGGGAAAAUCUAGAGGGGUCAUUCCAGGUGGUUAAGCUGCUGAGCAGGCGACCUAACCAGUGGCAGCAGUGCAUCAUUAUUGCCCGUGUGAAAUUUGAAAAAUAUUUCAAGAGGAAGGCCUUGCAACUUUUACACUCCUUCCCCCUGGACACACGGUUAAAAGAUGGAAGUUUGUUUUGGCAAUCCCCAAAAAGACCCCCUGCACCUAUUGAAUUUGACUUGAAAGACUCUUUGCACUUCACUUUCAUCGUCAGCACAGCCCGACUCUUUGCAGGGAUUUAUAAUGUCCCCUACUCAGACAAGGAUCUCUCUGAAGAGGCCGUAGCCAGAAUUCUCUCUGAUGUUAAGAUUCCAGAGUACCAGCCUUCAGAGAAAUCUAUAGAGACCGAUGAGACGGCACGGAAGCCAGAUCAGAUACCGCUGAGCAGCGAAGAGGAAAGAGAAGCCAUCUUACAGCUCCAGCAGGCCAUUUCUGCUGACAGUGUCACGCCAGAACGGCUACAGAUGAAUCCACUGCAGUUUGAAAAGGAUGAUGACAGCAACGGCCACAUAGACUUUAUUGUGUCAGCAUCUGCUCUCAGAGCCAGGAUGUACUCCAUUGAGCCAGCUGACCGCCUUAAGACGAAACGCAUCGCCGGAAAGAUUAUCCCUGCUAUUGCGACGGCAACAGCCACAGUGGCUGGACUGGUGGCGCUAGAGUUGCUGAAGGUGGUUGGAGGUUACAGUUUUGAGUCUUUCAGAAACUGCUUCUUUAACCUGGCCAUCCCAGUCGUGGUGCUGACAGAGCCUGCUCCCAUUAAACGGACACUCAUCAGGAACAAUAUUUACUUCACCAUCUGGGACUGUUGGACCAUCUUUGGCCACGAAGACUUCACUCUGUCUGACUUCAUGAAUGCAGUGAGGGAGAAGUAUGGAAUUGAGCCCACUAUGGUUGUCUACGGUGUGAAGAUGCUCUAUGUGCCUGUGAUGCCAGGACACUCAAAGAGACUCAAACUGACGAUGCAGAAGCUGAUCAAACCAUCAGUGGAUCGGCGUUAUGUUGACCUCACUGUAUCAUUUCCUCCGGAGGCAGACGGAGACGAAGAUCUCCCCGGCCCUCCGGUCCGGUACUACUUCAGUCCUGAUGGAGAAACACCCUGACACCUUCCCAACAGUCACACUCAAACCUCUUGUGUCCUUACUACUCUUGUAUAUCGUUGUACCCCAAUAAUCUGGGCCACAUUCAAGAGCAUUUCCUCAGAAUGGCUCCUGGCCUCCACCACCCCAAAUAAAAAAACACCAAC